UCAUCCCCGCAAUGGGCGCUAAGUGAGGCGCUCUGGGCUUCAGAGGGGUGCCGGGUUCGGAGUGUCAGGGGCGGGCGCCUCCUCCUGAUGAUGCUGUGCCUCAGGGAGUCCGGGACACUGGCAGUGUCUGCUGCUCCGUGUCACCUCCUGCUCCGUGUCACCUCCUGCUCCGUGUCACCAACACCGGGGGCUCUGACGCUGGCUCUUCCGUGCACAGCUCCGUGAGGGCUCAGGGGCCUCAGAUCAAUGUGCCCCCGAGCCCCGUCAGCCCCACAGUGCUGUGAGGUUCGGGCCGAGGACAGGAUCGCUUUUGAUGACCCUGCGAGGGCAGAGCACCACUCUACCCAAGGAAGAGCCACCACGAACCCGCUGAGGACAGCUCUUCUCACAUCUCUCCUCAUCGUUCCCAGCAUCGGUCAAGGUCAAGGAAGACCUUGGUGGCACAUUCUGUUUCCCUCGUUUCACUUCAAGGGAGUGGGGAGCUCCUGAGGAGCUCUGUAGCCUCCCUAUUGGUGUGGACAUUGCAUAGUGCCUGGUGUAGCUGCUGCUGACCCUGUUAUCAACAGCAGCAUUGUCAUUUCCUGCUCUUUACUCCUUGGCAGAGAGCACCAUGGAAUGUGGCUGUGGUGCUGGAAGGGGCUGUGGUAGGAGAGCAGCUCUGUAGAGUCAGCAGAAGGCAAGACAUUAACCUUUAGUUCCACCAGGACCACAGCUGGGAACAUGGAGAAGGCACUUCCUGAUGGAGAAGGUCUUGGGUUCAUCAGUGCGAGGAAACGUGGGAACCAGAAUAGAAAUGAAAAGGAAGGAAGCAAACAAGUACACAUCAUUAUGCAAUAGUGAAAUGAGAGAAGACAAAUAUUGGAACGCAGAGAGGAACUGAACAUCAGAAAGAGCAUGGGAAGAGAUGAAGAGGUCCAGAGGGGAGAGCAAGAGGGAUACAGAACCUCUCACUUGUCAUUCUUGUGGAUCUUGUACCGUCUUAUCCGCAAAUACCAUGCUGGUGUUGCUGUUUUCUUGUGUGGGCUGGUUUGCAGUUGAGACCUCAGCUUCAGCCAGGAAGCUGAACCACUGGCUGGUGGAGCAGAGCUCCAGUGAACACACUUUCUUCUGGAGACAUGUGUGGCUGGACUCGUGUGCCCAGCAUGCUGUGGAGGGUGGUUACUAUGGGUGCUGAUAGAAACUGAAGGGGAGGAAAUGGCAGAUGGGAGGAGGUUUUGCUCUGAGCAUGAAGAGGAAAAGCGGUGGCAGGCAGUGAGGAGCAGCAGAGAUUCUACCCACAGAGGCUGGGAAGAGAGAGGGGCCUGCACCUGCUGACUGCUGCGCAUGUCCCUUUGGUGGCAGGGGUGACACAAGCUGUGUCUGGCCUGCUGGGUGUUCAUGUCCUAGUGUCCCUCAUGCCAGAGGUGGCAGAGAAAUACAGGGGCUGGGCAGGAGCUGGGAUCUGGGUACUCAUGGUCAAAAUGGGGACAGGGCUCUGCAGGGCCAUCUAUGUCCCACAGCCAGAACACUCUGAUCAAGCCCAUCCCCAUGUCAAACCACAAGUCCCUGGGGACUGGCACAGUGUGUGUGUCCCCACCUGGGCUAAGUGAGCACACCCCAUAACCAGAUGGGUGUGGACAUCUCCCCAUUCCCCUGCUGUGACAGCAGCACAGCUUCCUCCAAGCGAUCCAUUCCCUGCUGUAAAACAAAACAGACUCGGGUGGUAUGGGGAGGUGGUGCUGUAGGAAACUUGGAGAGUGGCAGGGAGCUGCUGGGCUGGGCCCUGGAUAUUGGGAAAUGGCCAUCAGCAGCUCCUGGGGGCAUUAGUCAGGUCUCGGGGCCAAGAGUAUGUGGACAGGAGGAAACCGGAGGAGGAAUCAUAGAAGAGAGGAGAUAAGAAUUGGGCUGAGGUAAGAGAAGGGGAAGAAAGAGGAAGCCUGUGAGCACAGAGGGAACUGCCUGGUCCAGUGGUGAAGGGGUGAGGCCCCGGCAAGGCUUCAGCUCCCCUUGGCUGACCAGUGACCCUACACUUCAGGGAGAGACGGAGGCUCCCAGCUGAUCUCACCAGGCACCCAGCAUGGUCACCAUGAGGCUGUUGAGAAGCAUGGAACUCUGGCUGGCCAACACCUUUCUGCCCCUGCUGCUCCUCACCUGGCUGCCAGUUGGAGCAGUCAGUCAGCUGGUACAGCCAGGCAGCACUGUGCAGUUCGAGAUUUGUUUGGAAAAUCUCACGGUGCAGGUGAAGUGGUGCAAACCUGAAUGUCUGGAGGGGGAGAAUCAAACCAACACUGUGAUUCUGGGAGAAAACUGUAUGAAUUUCACCAGCUCAAGCCCAUGUACAGCUCACACAGGAAUCUGUGCAUGUAGGGUCUUCAUCACAAGACCAAACUUGACAGACACUGGAAACAGCACGCAAGCAGCAGUUCACUGCUGUGGCUGUGCAGAACCUCCGACUGAUGUCACAGGGAAGAUCUGGACAGGAUUCAACCUCCUCCUGUGCAUCCUCCUUGGCUUAGCGGUCGGGACGCUCCUUUACAUGCCGGUAAUUGGCUUCCUGCUGUGGAAGUGCACAAGGAACAAAACAGGAGAGCUCAUGAGCGGGGAAGUGGCAGAGAGGAAUCAGGUCAAUAUGGCAGCCCCAGUGACAGGGACUGAGGACCUGACCUAUGCCAACCUGAAUUUUGGAAAGAAGGAGACAGGACCUGCCUCCUCUAAUGUCAUUUACACUGAGAUCAAGCCAUCACAACAGAAGCAGAGUGCUGGGGAUGGCAGUGCUGCCAGCACAGAGAUGUAUGUCUCCUCCAAGGAAGAGGGCAAGUGAGGGAGGUGAGCAGCUUGUUGUCCACCUGUUGGGGUUGUCCUCCUCAAAAACUAGGUGUUUGCUCAUACAGCAGUGCAGUCUUGGUGACCAAAGACACAUUUUACCCCCGAGUGGCUGCAGAGCCCUGCUUUAUGUUCCUGUGGAAGAAGCCAUGGCUAAUGGUGAGGACAGAGCUUUUGAGCCUGUUUUCCCCUUACCUUCUGUGGCUCCAAACAGUGCCAAGCCUCAGCAACUCUUUUCAGUCUGCAGUCACUGACAGGCUCCUCUAGCUACUUGCUCCAUGUUCAGGAAUGACACUGUAUACUGUGUGGCCAGCAUGGUGUUCAGGAAGAGCUUGGUCCUGGAUGUGCUGGGUGGCAUGGCCAUGAGAAGUCCUGAAGCAAUCUUCUGGAUUUUCUCUGGAGCAGGCACCUGCUGUGAUGUGGGUUGACCUUGCUCUCAUUCACUCACUUGAAACGCAAGCGGCAAGGAUGGAAAAGCAUUGCUUGCUUCACAGAGGUGCUGCUGCAGUGAUGCACAUGGAUCUGCUUUGUACUGGGAGUUGCUAGGUGUUUUUGCUGGUUUGCUGGUGAAUACCCUUCUCGUGGGUAGAGCACUCUCUUUUGUGCCCUCUUUUUUGAUAAUGUUGCGUUUAUUGUGAGUUUUUCAGUAAAACUGUGAUUCUCACUUGUGGUCUCGCCUGGUGUUUCCUCUGCUGUUGGAAGAGGAUGGUGAAGAGGAACAGCUUGAGUGGAGUUUAUUUUCCCACUGGGUUUGAAACCAGCACAUAGCUCUAAUGAUUUAUUGUUAUAGCCACAACAGAUGCUGAGGUUCAGAGAUGACCCCAAAAAGCUUUCAGCUAAGAGGUACAGACACCUGAGACUUGUACUAACAGCCUUGGCAGCCACCUAUUAUUUACUUAGGGAAGGGGGAAAGUUUCAGAGGAGGCAAAUAUAGCUGCAGAGUUCUUCAGAAUCCCACUGGUCAAAAUAGAAGGCCAUGAGGAAAACCACAAAGGACAUGAACAGAACGACAUGUUCACUAAAUUGCAGAGGCAAAAUUGGAAAGCUGAGGUACAAAUCAAAUUAAGACUAACAAGGGCUGCCAGAGGCUCUGCGUUUGCUUAACUGCCUUAAAAGAAGUGGAGGGAAAAACAUGGCUCAUUGCUUCACCAGGGAAGAGUUAUUGAUCAAUGAAAUGGAGGAAGGUGGGACAGUCAUAGUGCUGCAUUUGGAUCCUCCUUUAUGCCCAAGGUUAGUGGGGAAUCAGAUCUGGGAUAGCAUUUUUAACAAGGAUCCAGACAAGCCAUGAAAUAGCCUUGGAGCAAUAACACCAGUGAGCAAGAGGCAGGGAAAGGCUGCUGGAGGAACUAGCUGAGGCAAUCUCUCCAGUGCAGGCAGGAAGGGUGGGGGCAAUUGUUGUCCACUGGUUAUUUUUAAAAAGUGAAGCAGCUACUAUAGCCAGAGCUGGGCCUCCAAAUUUCACUUCUCAGAAAGAUGCUAUCACAAGCAGUUAAGCAUGUGUGUGAAGAUAAAGCAAUGAUAAACACAAUGCCCUCCUUGCCCCAGACUGCUCCAUUUGGAGAGGGCUCCCUGCCUCCAUGUGCACCCAAGGCAGGUGAGUGAAACAUCCACGAUGGGUUUUCCUGCCAGGAGCAUGAAGUGUGUCCUUGCUGCCCCCCAAGCUCUGCUGGCCAUAAAAAGGAAGGUGACUCAUGCAGAGAAACAAAAGUAAAAAUGCUGCUUCUCCCUGUUAAGGCAAGAGGAAAGCAGAGUUCAGGGUAAGGGCUGCCUUUAUCGGGGGCCUCAUAAAGAGAUCUGGUCUUCUACUACCAGUGGGGCUGAGAAAAGGCAAUAAAACUCUCAAAGGCCCCAGGUGUGCUGAGGCUUUUGCCCAUUCCCUUACAUCAUUAGCUAGGAGCAACAAGGUGGUUGCACAGGUGGUUUAUGACACAAAUCCUGUCUCCCUGGGAGCUGUUCUCACUGAUGAUAAAGGCAGGGAGUGAGAGAGGGGUCUGGGAAAGCCUUUCUCUGGAAAGAAGGGGCUUUAAUCACACCAGUGACAACCUAGGGCAGUGCAAGCAUCUGAGCAGUCAGAAAGGAGUUUUCUCAAGUUUUCCUUAAUAUCUGUUUUUUCCAGUGCAUAUCACAUAUUUAAGUCAAGUUUUCAGAGGAACAAUUUAUGGAGAACUCUAAGAUGCAACCUAACAUUUGAAGAGUUUAAGAAAUCAUUGAGAGGCUGCAUAGAAGGAGACACACUUAGAAUACCACUAAUACCAGUCUUAAAACAAAGGCUUUACUAUUGGUCACUUUUAUUUCAAGAACAGAACAGCCUUUCAUCCCAGCCCCCUCCAUGAGUUUAGUAACUCAGGUAGCAUACAACAAGUCACAUUCUGUAGAUCAAGAGCUCCAAACAAAGCAGUCCCCACUGGGUGUGGGCUUUCCUCCUCCCCCUCCCUGGGUGAGAAGCAAGCCUGGCACAAAAUGUGAACAGCACCCUCAUCCCACACCUGCAGGAUGCUUCACUAGCAGGAACUACAGAAAUAAAUAGUAUCUCAUGGAGACGGAGCAGAGGGCCACCACAGAUCAUCUAGAAAUUAAGUUAUUGCUAUGUUCUUAUGUAUUUGACACUGCAGGUAACUCAUUUGGGUAACCACCAAGAGAG